UUUCCACGACUCCCUCUCUCUCUCUCUCUCUCUCUAGAAGAAACGAAAGACGCGCAUUUCCGCGACUCUCUCUCUAAAAGGAACGAAAGAGGAAAUAAAGCUCUGCGAGUCCAAAGUUUUCAUCUGUUAGACAUCCGUAGGUUUACUCUUCGCGCGCAGAGAGUUGGGAUAAUAAUGGAGAUGGUGAAGCGAAGGUGGCUUUCUACUUCCACUUCCACUUCAACUUCAAAUGUCGAACAAUUCUCGCUCCCCACCUACGACGACUGUCGCCCCAUUGAGACCCAUGAGCAAGAGGAGAUUAUCAGAUCAUUUGAGAAGAAACAUGAACGACAGAACUCUCUAUGGAGGGGUGUUUUUGCAGUUCUCCUGCUUUCGUUCGCCAUGUUUUACAUCUUCUCUCUCUUUCAACAAGCUUUGUAUCCAUGGGAACUGCGGUAUCAUGCUUAUUUCAUGGAUGAGGUUGGAUCAUGGAUAAUCAUUCUGGCAGAUAUGUCGGCAGUUGUGGCUUGCUUGAUGGCAGUUAAGGGACUGCUGAAGUCAGAUUCCCAUCGGCAUUGGAUCUGGCACCCAUGUUUAGUUGGACUUGGAAUAUCCACCUUUUGGUUUUAUCACAUGCUAAGGCUGCCAACUUUCCACUGGGAUAUCAUAUGGCUUCCCUUAGGGCCAUUAAGUAGUGCAGGAAUCUGCUUUUACGUCGACCGCCUGCUUGAAGAAUCUUUAGAAGAAGUAAAGAAGCUCCGUGCUGCCAUGUACUCCUACAAGAGGACCUACUAAAAGAAGAUGAGUGUGCGGACUAUGAUACAACACAAAAUGUUUUUUAAACACAUGGAAGCAAUUUUGGCACUUCAGAAUUGUUCAUUUCAAUCCUUUUCGUGGGCAGUGCAGGAUUUGUGUUCUGGGAUUCUUGAAGUGUGAAGAUGGUGGAAGUAUUUUUUAGUCUCUCCUUUCACUAAGUUUUUCUGAUUUGAUUUUUUGGCAUUCUUGAAAUGUAAAAAAUGCAGAAGUAUUGUUAGUUUUUCCGUUCAUGUAAUCUUUGUUCUGUGUUCUUUGUUUCUUCACUCUUAGGUGAGGGAAGGUGUGUUUAGGGUUUUGAAUCUUAUUAUAAGAGGUUUUAGGUAUGUAUCAUUUGUUACAACUGCACCAGGACGUUACAAGGGCGAUUUUUGUCAUGUUUAAGUUGCAAGAAAUAUGCUUUUUU